AUGACCUCUUCAGUUCAAAAGAAAAGUGCCAUCUGGCUACACUUUACCUCUGUAAACGAGGAAAAAGUCAAAUGUAAUAUUUGCAGUACUAUUUACUCCCACAAAAGUGGAACAACAAGCAACUUAAGGAAGCAUAUGAAAACUAAAAAUCCUUUAGUAAUUGUUGAAGACUUAAAUUUUCAAAAGGAUGUAACAGAAAAGCGGAAAAGAGUAAAAAUAAUGAAAGAAUCCGAGAUAGAUCCCCAACCUGUUCCUUCAACAUCAAGAGAAGAAGAACCUGGUACACCAUUACAAUUAGGGAAAAAACCACGACUACAAACUACUAGGAUAACAAAUUAUUUAUCUCAACCCAUAUCUAUCGCAAGACAAAGUAAAAUCAAUGAUCUCGUUUUAAAUAUAACCAUUGAUUUACUAUAUCCCUAG